CUCUCCUAAUAUCUCAGUAAACCAUAUAUUACCUUUUCAAACUCAAGGUGGUGCUUUCCUGUUGACCAAGCUAGAUCUAUUUAUCAAGAGACUUGCAGAGGAAAUGACAACCAAAUGUCUGUGUAUAUAUAUUUUCAUCAAUAUUAAGCUCUCUUUCUUCACAACGUAGCAUCAUAUUAUUUCAUUCUAAGACUAAAAGCGAAUUACGCGUGUGUACCAUAAUAUCCAGCAUUUUCUAUCAGAAAUCUUCAGAGUCGCAUCUUCCCCAGUAUCAAACUUGCGUCGUUGUUACAUAAGUAUCAGCCAAUAUUUUCAUGAUUUGGUCCUUCAACUUCGGACGACACCCGCGAUUCUAAUGCCAGGAUUUUUCUUUAUACCAAAGCUCUUUGCAAUCAUGAAGGUCACUCCAUCUGAAGACUUCGAUAUCGUUCCAGGCUUGGAGGUAAGCCAAGUAGCAUUUAAUCAAAGACAUCUUAACCUUACACAAAACCUAGGAUGAAGAAAUCAAGCUCCCUGAUGCAGACAUUACGAUUGCUACCGAAAUACCCUCAGAUGAGGAAGAGGUAUGUCAAGUCGAAAGCCGCUACUAAAUGAAUCUAUUUUUCUGACGCAAAUGGUAGGAUUAUGCAGAAUUUAGUGCUGCAGAGCCCGAACCUGAACCCGGAACAGAUAAUACCUUAAUUUUCGAGAGGUCUAAAUUAAAGACUGAAAUUCGUCGACUCUGCUUCAUAACGGGAGUAUUCGAGAGGAAACUCGCAGCACUCACAGCAACGCCCAAAGAAGCAAAAGCCACGAAUGAUAAUACUAAUGACGGAGAUGGGAUCGAGGGCGACUUUACGGACGAAAUUGCUGAGUAUAGUUCGCAUGCUCUAGAAACUUUACGGGAAGAAUACCACAGCAAACUAGAAAAGUCAUUUCGGAAAGACAAAACCAGUGGAAGAAUCCCAUGGAUAGACACGGUUCCCUCAUUAAAAAGAUUGAAUGAACGUUUAGCCGAGGACGUAAUAAGCAUGUCAGCGCGGGACCUGCUAGAUCUUCGAAGAUGGAUCGACCGGGUUUUCGACCAGGGUAUGACGAAUUGUCUACCAUGUGGUCCUACUUCCGCAAGCAGGUUUCAAUGGAAAAAAAGGUACAGCGAGAACGGUCUGAAUGAUAUUCUACGUUUAGUACUAGGGGAUCAUAAGUCGCUUGAAGAUCUAGAGAAGCUUCGUAGGCAUUAUGAUCGGAUCAUUGGUAAGGGGAUGGUGUUUUCAUAUUUGGAACGCAGGAUCAGCGUAGAAUCCAAAAAAAGAAAGAAUAUAGAUUCCUACGCGGAGGACAGCGAUGCAGUCGAAGAAAUGGAAUGAUUGUUGGGAAAUCGAUGGGUUAUGGAAAUCAUUCCUCAAUCUUCCAGAGAUGACACUUGAUUACACUUAUUUAGACUUCGAAUUCAUCCUUUACAGGAUAUACAGCCUCGUUUCGAAUUAGUAUUAAAUCAUUCCAUUAAUAUUAAAAGUAUCCGAAAAAAAACCGGCAAUUAUUCAUAUUAUCGCAUGAACUCGUGCAAGAUUGUGAACAGCUGAAUACGGAGUAUGGUAUGCUAUCUUCAGUGCUAGUGUCGGUUCCUGGGCAAAUUCAAUAGUCGAGACGAUUUC